AUGGCUUCUGCUUCUUCGUUGUCAGUAUCAGUGGAAUGCGUGAAUAUAUGUAAGUUAUUAUCGAAGGGGGAUGGAAGCGGGAGAUAUGAGUGUAGUGUGCUUUCUUGUGCGUGGAAAGCUCCUAGAGUCUUGACAGGGUUUCUGGCCAGCACUGCUCAUCCAGCCCCACAGUGUUCAUCAUUCUUGUCUGCCCGGAAUAGGAGAAGGAAUCAGUUUAAGUCUAGAUGCGAAGCCUUUUAUAACGGAGGUUGUUAUUCCAGUGAAGAUUCUGACUUUGCACUUCUUGGGAGAUUUUUUAAAUCCAGAUCGCAUCAUUUUGCUGGUAAAAAAUGGCAAGUGCCUUGUUCAUCAUCCAUUUCUGCAGAUACCUUCAAUGAAGUUUCUCCUGAGAGGUUGUGGGAGGAUCUUAAGCCGACUGUUUCAUACCUUUCACUGAAAGAAUUGGAAUUGGUACACAAAGCUCUUAAGCUGGCCUUUGAAGCUCAUGAUGGUCAGAAAAGACGCAGUGGAGAGCCAUUCAUCAUUCAUCCAGUUGAAGUUGCACAUAUUCUAGGAGAACUUGAGCUGGAUUGGGAGUCAAUUGCUGCUGGAUUACUGCACGAUACUGUUGAGGAUACGAAUGUCGUUACUUUUGAAAGAAUUGAGGAGGAAUUUGGUCUUAUUGUGCGCCACAUUGUAGAAGGAGAAACUAAGGUAUCCAAACUGGGAAAAUUGAAGUGUAAAAAUGAAAAUGAAUCUGUACAAGAUGUAAAAGCUGAUGACCUGCGGCAGAUGUUUUUGGCCAUGACAGAGGAGGUUCGCGUCAUCAUUGUCAAAUUAGCUGACAGAUUGCAUAAUAUGCGUACACUUUCGCAUAUGCCCCCGCACAAGCAGUCCAGCAUUGCGAUGGAAACACUUCAGGUCUUUGCUCCUCUUGCAAAAUUGUUGGGAAUGUAUCAAAUCAAGUCUGAGCUUGAAAAUCUUUCAUUCAUGUACACAAAUGCUGAAGAUUAUGCUAAGGUCAAGAGGAGAGUUGCAGAGCUGUAUAAGGAACAUGAGAAAGAACUUGAAGAGGCAAACAAAAUUUUGAAGAAGAAGAUAGAGGAAGAUCAGUUCCUAGACCUUUUGACAGUGAAAACUGAAGUACGUGCUGUAUGCAAGGAGCCUUAUAGUAUUUAUAGGGCUAUGCUUAAAUCCAAAGGUUCGAUCAAUGAAGUUAACCAGAUUGCACAGCUUCGAAUUAUCAUCCAGCCAAAGCCCUGCAUUGGAGUAGGGCCUUUGUGUAGUCCACAGCAGAUAUGCUACCAUGUUCUUGGCGUAGUCCAUGGAAUCUGGACCCCCAUUCCUCGAGCUAUGAAGGACUAUAUUGCAACUCCAAAGCCUAAUGGUUAUCAAAGUCUUCAUACAACUGUUAUUCCAUUUUUGUAUGAAAGCAUGUUUCGACUGGAAGUUCAGAUAAGAACUGAAGAGAUGGAUCUGAUAGCUGAGAGAGGCAUUGCUGCUCAUUAUAGCGGGAGAGUAUUUGUUACAGGUUUAGUUGGACAUGCAAUGCCUAACGGUAGAAGUACAAGAGGGAAGACGGUCUGUCUUAACAAUGCAAACAUUGCACUCAGGAUUGGCUGGCUCAAUGCAAUUAGAGAAUGGCAAGAGGAGUUUGUUGGCAAUAUGAGCUCUAGGGAAUUUGUAGAGACCAUUACCAGAGAUCUGCUUGGUAGCCGUGUCUUUGUGUUUACUCCAAGGGGAGAGAUAAAAAAUCUGCCAAAAGGAGCCACUGUGAUUGACUAUGCUUAUAUGAUACACACUGAAAUUGGCAAUAAGAUGGUGGCUGCAAAGGUCAAUGGUAAUCUUGUCUCCCCAAUGCAUGUACUUGCUAAUGCAGAAGUCGUUGAGAUAAUUACUUAUAAUGCACUCUCUAGCAAAUCAGCUUUUCAGAGGCAUAAGCAAUGGUUGCAACAUGCAAAAACACGCAGUGCAAGGCACAAAAUUAUGAAAUUCUUAAGGGAGCAAGCUGCACUAUCUGCUGCUGAAAUAACAGCAGAUUCAGUAAAUGACUUUAUUGCUGAUUCUGAAGAGGAGAGUGAGGUAGAAGAUAUCUCAGAUGAUAACAAACGGAGAAGACCUCUGUGGGAGAAAAUACUUAUGAAUGUUGUGGAAAAGUCAUCGCAAGGGAAACGUUCUAAUAAUCUCUUGCCCUUGAACUAUGGAAGUGUUUGGACCCCCAAGGUCAACGGGAAACAUAAUAAGGAUGUGCAGACCAAGGGGGAGUUAUUUUCUCAGGGAAAUGGUGUUGCCAAGAUGAUACAAGCUAGCAUUCCAAGGUACAAGGAAGUCUUGCCUGGUUUAGAAAGUUGGCAAGCCAGAAAGGUUGCCUCUUGGCACAGUCUUGAAGGGCACUCCAUCCAGUGGUUUUGUGUUGUAUGCAUUGAUCGAAGAGGCAUGAUGGCUGAGAUUGCAACAGCAUUGGCCUCUUUAGACAUCGAUAUAUGCUCUUGUGUGUCGGAGACUGAUAGAGGAAGGGGAAUGGCUGUGAUGCUGUUUCAUAUUGAAGGGAACCUUGAUAGUUUGGUUAAGGGUUGCUCAAGCGUGGAUCUAAUUCAGGGUGUUUUGGGAUGGUCUACGGGGUGCAGCUGGCCUAGCUCAACAGAAAACCAACAAAUUCUUGAAUGCUAA